UAGUCACUGACACUGCUUGAAUGAGAGCUCAGAGAGAGAGAGAGAGAGAGAGAGAGAGGGGGAGGGACGGAGGGAGUCCAGGGAAAUUAAACUGUAGAGACUUUUUCCUCCCUUUUUUCUGCCUCCCUCGUUCUUCUCUGUUUCUUGUUCAACCCCCACCUCCACCCCACCCCCCCACCUGUGUGUGUAUCUAUAUUAGAACCUUUUCUCAGUGUGUCUCAGAGCUGGCACUGUGGAGGUCAGCCUGGACGACAGGACAGGACAGGACAGGACAGGGAAAGAGGGAUGGUUUUGUGACCCCCCCCAGACUCCUCCACUAUUCUGCCUAGGUGGACACCUGCUCCCCACCCCCUCCACCACAGGCUUCCGAGGACGGCGUCUGCAAGAGUUGGAUGAAUUGCAAUUGCCUGCUCAGUCAAGCAGCGGUGACACCCAUCUCCGCAGAGACUACACAUGACCCUCAGUGAUUUCUCUUCAUUUAGCAGAUCUUGAUCGUCGUCCACUGAAAACAGAGAGGAGCCGAAGUUUCUGUCAUCGCUGACAAUCAGGAGCUGUGAGAAAGGAAGAGCAGUGGCUUGAAAGAGCUUGAGCAGGUUCCCGGUGUGCAAUGGCGGGGCAGGCACUGUCCUGUUGCCUCGUGUUCCUGGGCAUCGUCUCCCUCGCCCACAGCUCUAUCUUCCUGUCCAACCAGCGAUUGAAGGCCCGCUUCCAAAGGGACCGCCGCAACAUCCGGCCCAAUAUCAUCCUCAUCCUGACUGACGACCAGGACAUUGAGCUGGGCUCCAUGCAGGCUAUGAACAAAACACGACGUAUCAUGGAGCAGGGUGGUACCCAUUUCUCCAAUGCAUUUGUGACCACACCUAUGUGCUGUCCGUCACGCUCCUCCAUGCUGACCGGGAAGUAUGUGCACAACCACAACACCUACACCAACAACGAGAACUGCUCAUCACCCUCCUGGCAGGCCCAGCAUGAGCCCCGCACCUUCAGCGUCUACCUCAAUAGCACAGGGUACCGCACAGCCUUCUUCGGGAAGUACCUGAACGAGUACAAUGGCUCAUAUGUCCCACCAGGGUGGAGGGAAUGGGUGGGGCUGGUGAAAAACUCCCGCUUCUACAACUACACCCUGUGCAGGAACGGAGUACGGGAGAAACAUGGUUUCGACUACCAUAAGGACUACCUUACUGACAUCAUCACCAACGACAGCAUCAACUACUUCCGCAUGUCCAAAAAGAUGUACCCACAUCGACCAGUGAUGAUGGUGCUAAGCCAUGCUGCCCCUCAUGGACCAGAGGACUCGGCACCACAAUAUAGCAAUGCCUUUCCCAAUGCCUCACAACACAUCACCCCAAGCUACAACUAUGCCCCAAACCCAGACAAGCACUGGAUCAUGCGAUACACAGGCCCCAUGAAGCCCAUCCACAUGGAGUUCACCAAUAUGCUGCAAAGGAAGCGUCUGCAGACAUUGCUUUCUGUGGACGACUCUGUGGAGAAGGUGUAUAACAUGCUGCUGGAGACUGGGGAACUAGAGAACACCUACAUCAUCUAUACAGCAGAUCAUGGAUAUCACAUUGGCCAAUUUGGAUUGGUUAAGGGCAAGUCCAUGCCUUAUGAGUUCGACAUCCGUGUGCCAUUCUACAUCCGGGGCCCCAACGUGGAGGCAGGAACCAUGAACCCGCACAUUGUACUGAAUAUCGACCUGGCUCCCACCAUUCUGGACAUUGCAGGCAUGGAUAUCCCCCCUGAUAUGGAUGGAAAGUCUAUCCUAAAGCUGCUGGACACAGAAAAGCCAGUCAACAGGUUCCAGUUUAACAAGAAGGGGAAAGUGUGGAGGGACUCCUUCCUAGUGGAGAGAGGGAAGCUGCUGCACAAGCGAGAUGAUGGGAAAGAAGUUGCCCAGGAGGAGAACUUCUUGCCCAAGUACCAGCGGGUGAAGGACCUGUGUCAGCGCGCAGAGUACCAGACGCCUUGCGAGCAGUUGGGCCAGAAGUGGCAGUGUGUGGAAGAUGCCAGCGGAAAGUUGCGACUCUACAAAUGCAAGGGCAUGGCCAGCUUGACAUCUGCACGCAAGCAGAGCCUGUCCAGCAGCAAGGCCCAUCUUUACGGACGCAAGGCAGACACAGACAGCUGCAAGUGCGACAUCCCCAGCUUCCGCCUGAGCCCCUUCAAAAAGAAGAAGCUGCUAACACACAAGAAGCUGAAGGCCAGUAAGAACUACUCCAGGAACAGGUUGAGUCGCUCGGUGUCCUUCGAGCUGGGUGGGGACCUAUACGCCCAGCAGCUGGAGGACGGAUUCCAGCCUGUGGCGUCCAGGAACACCAGUGCAGGCAGGCAAAGGGUGACAGUGUCCAGUCGCGAGGAGGACGAUGAUUUCAGUGGCAUGGGUGUCACAGUGGCCCCCAAAAGUAGCAACAGCCUUGUAGUGCCCUCCUCCAUCAAGGUCACACACAGGUGCUCCAUUCUGGCAAACGACACAGUCAGAUGCGACGUAGGACUGUACAAGUCACUGCAGGCCUGGAAGGAUCACAAACUUCAUAUCGAUCAUGAAAUCGAAACCCUGCAGACAAAGAUAAAGAACCUGCGAGAGGUCAGAGGUCACCUAAAGAGGGCCCGGCCUGAAGAGUGUGACUGCAACCAAUACAUUUACCAAUCCAAGCUGAAGGGGAAACUCAGGCACAAGGGAGGCAGCAUCCACCCAUUUAGGAAGAUUCAGGACAAGGACAAGAAGCAAUGGCUGCUAAAGGAGCAGAAGCGAAGGAGGAAACUGCGCAAGCUGCUGAAAAGGCUGCGUAACAAUGACACCUGCAGCAUGCCUGGACUCACCUGCUUCACACAUGACAACCAGCAUUGGCAGACCGCCCCCUUUUGGACAAUGGGCCCCUUCUGUGCCUGUACAAGUGCCAACAACAAUACCUACUGGUGCUUGAGGACCAUCAACGAGACUCACAACUUCCUGUUCUGUGAAUUCGCCACCGGGUUCUUGGAGUACUUUGACCUCAACACAGACCCCUACCAGCUAAUGAACGCCGUCAACACGCUGGACCGCCACAUUCUCAACCAGCUCCACGUUCAACUGAUGGAGCUGCGCAGCUGCAAGGGUCACAAGCAGUGCAACCCACGCACUCGCAAUUUGGAGAUUGGAGGUAAAGAGCGAAGCAGCUUUGAUGAAUACAGGCAGUUUCAACGUCGAAAGUGGCCAAAAGUGAAGAAGCCCAGCUCCAAAUCGCUAGGACAGAUUUGGGAAGGUUGGGAGGGCUAGCAGCCUGCGACCCCUCAACCUGGAUGUUCCUGGGGAGAAGAACUGGUUAGAACUUGAAACCUUGUACAGACUUGAUG